AUGUCUUUUUACUAUUUUUCUGGAUCCAAAGAGGUAGCUGAGCACGAACCGAUUAACAUUGUGGAAGAAUUACGACCAAUGGUGCUUGCUUUUAUAGAUCAUACUAAUAAGCGAAGAGGCUUUGUUAUUUCUGGGCCCAAGAGAGUGUCCAUAGAGCCGACUUGUGGAAAUUGCCAAUGGGUUAGUGUGAUAAUGACACGUCGUUCGCUCAAAAAGGUGGGCAUUUCUACAAAGCAUGAAAUGUUUGAACAUUAUGGAGGUGUAAGUCACGCUGGUUGGAGUGAGUCCACAGGGGCCAACUUGUGGAAAUCGCCAACUGUAGACCUUCAUAUUCCGAUACUACGACCAAUAGUGAUAGGAUGGUGUGAUGAUGGCAUUUUGCGAGCAUUUCUCGCAGAGCAUGAAAUGUUUGAACAUUGUGGAGGUGUAAGUUACGCUGGUUGGAGUGAGCCAACUUGUGGAAAUCGCCAACUGUAG